AUGGAAGGGGAGUAGGAAUUCUUGGCAAAUUCAGUGUAUAAUUUCAAAUAAAGUUCUUUUUAAAAAAAAUUGUACGGUAAAUAAGUUGUUAUUUAGUCAACACACCACCGGCAUUCUUAAGAUUCGUUUGUUCUUGUUUUGGUCUGAGGAAAAAGAAAGAGACAAAUACCCUUUUUGUCUUUUCAGCUUUCAUGUUAAUUAUCUUUUGAGGUAUAAUCAGUUAAGAGUUGAAUGAUAUUUUCGUUGGUUUGAGAUGGUGGAUGAUUGAACUUGAUGAUGAUAAAGAAGGACAAGGGUGUGAAGCCUAUUUUGGUGAACAUUGGUUUGGCUUUGGGGUUUUCUUUUGCUGGAUUUCUUUGCUCACGCCUCAGAAUCAAUCAAGGUCUUGUUUCCUUUCAAUUUCAUCAUGAAUCCAACUGUGUUUUUUUCUGUUUUGUUUUGUUAAUUGAAGUUAAUUCAGGUCAUGAAAUUGAUGCAACGUGCACCGACGAGUCGAGGAGUGGGAAUUCUCCUAUCGAUCUUCUCAGUAACACUAAAAAUGGGGAUAGAGAUGAGUUUCUCUUACCUGAGUUUGAUGAGCUCGUUAAGGAGGUAGAAUUCGAAGUAGAGUCGCGGAAGUUAGAAGUAAGAACUUCUAGACCAUAUGCAGGUUCUGAUAAGGAUGACUAUGAAAACGAGAUACAUCGACUCAAGAACAUGGUUAGAAUGCUUCAAGACAAGGAGCAAAACCUCGAGGUUCAGCUACUUGAGUACUAUGGUCUUAGAGAGCAAGAAACGGUUGUGAUGGAGCUUGAAAAUAGAUUGAAGAUAAGUAAUAUGGAGGUCAACAUGUUCAAUUUGAAGGCUAAAAAGUUACAGUCUGAGAAUCGAAGAUUAAAGGAACAGGUUUCCGAUCAUGCAAACGUGCUAGCUGAGCUUGACGCAGCAAGAGCAAAAAUCGAGCUGCUCAAUAAGGAAAUUAGGCGUGAGGCUGAACAGAAUAAAGAGCGGAUCGUUAGUCUUCAACAAAGAGUAGCCAAGUUGCAAGACCAGGAAUGCAAAGAUGCUGCUUCUGAUCAGGACAUCAAAAUUAAGCUGCAAAAGUUAGAGGCGCUUGAGUCUGAAGUAGAGGAGUUGAGGAAAUCUAAUUCGAGAUUGCAGAUAGAGAAUUCUGACUUAACUAGAAGAUUCGAUUCCACGCAGAUCCAUGCUAAUGAUGCGAAUCAAGAAAGUGAGCGUCUUAGAAAAGAAAACGAGGACUUGAUGAAGCAAAUUGAGCAACUACAAUCUGAUCGACGUUCAGAUAUUGAAGAAUUAGUGUACAUGCGGUGGGUAAAUGCUCGUUUACGACACGAGCUGCAGAAUCAUCAGCCUCUACACAAUAAAAUGGUUGCAAAGGACUUGAGUAAAAGCUUAAACCCUACCUCUGAGAUUGAAGCCGAGAAACUAAGACUUGAAUAUGCUGAUACUAAUGGACUAGGGAGUACUAUGGAUUUUGAUUUAAAUCAACGGUCCUCCUCGCAAUCUUCUUCUAUUACCGACUCCGGAGAGUAUGAUCAUUUUUCUGCCAGAACUAACGCCACGACUCAGAACAAGUUUUUUAGCAAGCUUAGAAGAUUGAUAUUAGGAAAGGAUAGACAUCGUCGUCAUAGUCAGGUUUCAUCUAAAUAUCAAGAAGAUAUCAAUUCUCAACCACGGAAUACAUCAACCGACACUGACGGUAGAACUUCCUUUGAUAGGAGAAAUUCAAGUUUUGACGGUAGAACUUCCUUUGAUAGGAGAUAUUCAAGUUUUGACGGAGAAGGUUCGUUCUCCGACUUCUUAGGCUUAGAGAAAUCUGAUUUUGAGAAAUAUGCAGAAGCUCUAGAAGAUUCUAGUGCGAAUGAUAAACAUCAAAGACGAGGAAGAUCAACAUCAUUUAGUUAGUUUGUUUUAGCUUAUGGUCAACAUGCAUGGAUUUAACAUUUUCUGACAUGUUUUGUAUUACAGAAGAAUGUGUUUUCUAUGAUUAGCUUAGAAAAUGAAUCUUAAUACUUUCAAAUCAACAUUAGAGAAACAACAAACUGUUACAUCAUCA